AUGGACCUCGACCAGGCCAACGGCAGCAGCGAGAAGCAUCCCUCCCCCGACGACGCCUCAAUGCACACAAUCACCGCUUCCUCUCUCAACUCGCAACCGCAGUCGAACCCCACGUACGAUGGCCGGCCGCAAACAUCAUACUCCGACACCGGCUUCUCACGAUCCUACUCUCACGAUAACGCCUCAGACCACCUCCAGAACGGCAAUGGGCUAAGCAGGCCCGCUUCGACACAGAGCCAGGCACAGAAUGGUCAGCAACAGGCACCAAAGAAUGCGUCGGUGGUCAUCAAGGUGGGCAUGGUCGGAGAUGCGCAGAUUGGCAAGACGAGCUUGAUGGUCAAGUAUGUGGAGGGCAGCUGGGACGAGGACUACAUACAGACGUUGGGCGUCAACUUCAUGGAGAAGACCAUAUCCAUACGCAACACAGAGAUCACAUUCUCCAUCUGGGAUCUCGGAGGCCAGCGCGAGUUCGUCAACAUGCUGCCUCUGGUUUGCAACGACGCAGUCGCCAUCCUUUUCAUGUUCGACCUCACUCGCAAGUCCACACUCAACAGCAUCAAGGAGUGGUACCGUCAAGGGCGCGGUUUCAACAAGACAGCCAUCCCCUUCUUAGUCGGCACAAAAUAUGACCACUUCGUCAACUUUCCGCGAGAAGAGCAAGAAGAAAUCUCCACUCAAGCGAAGAGAUUCGCAAAGGCCAUGAAAGCCAGCUUGAUCUUCUCGAGCACAAGUCACAGCAUCAACGUGCAGAAGAUCUUCAAGAUCGUGCUAUCGAAAGCAUUCGAUCUACGAUGCACAAUCCCCGAGAUCGAGAACGUCGGCGAGCCGCUUCUCCUCUACCAAGCGGCCUAA